UGUGAUCACAUCCCCACUCACUGCGGUUACAAUGUUCCACAGAACAACUAUAAAAAUGACCAUUAGACCAGUCCCAUGAGGUGGUGAGUAGCACCAUGGCCAACAGAUACACCCAAGUCCACCAGUCCCCAGCUGGCGCGGGAGAUGCCCGUCCCACCGCGCAGCAAAUUAUCCAAGAUGAACGACUCGAAGGCCAAUGGAGUGGGAAGGUCAUCCUCAUCACCGGCUGCUCCUCCGGCCUAGGGGUCCGUACUGCACGUGCGUUGUACACCACCGGUGCAACCCUAUAUCUGACAGCCCGCGAUCUCAACAAAGCGCGAUUAGCCCUCCACGAUCUCAUCGACAGCCCCCGCGUCUAUCUUCUACAUCUAGACCUCAAUUCCCUCGCCUCCGUGCGUGCAUGCGCCGAACAAUUCAAGACCCAAUCCACACGUCUCAACAUCCUCAUCGCCAAUGCCGGGGUCAUGGGCUGUCCCGAGGGGCGAACGGCAGAUGGCUUCGAGACACAGUUUGGAACCAACCAUCUAGCUCAUUUUCACCUUUUUCAUCUCCUCCGUCCAGCUCUCAUCGCUUCAUCCACACCCACUUUCCACUCCAGAGUGAUCAUUCUCUCCUCCGGCUCGCAUCGCUUCGGCCAGGUCAACUUUGAUAAUCUCACCUGGCAAGGCGAAUACGAUACCUGGAUGGCCUAUGCGCAGAGCAAGACCGCCAAUAUCUGGACUGCUAAUGAGAUUGAGCGACGGUAUGGAUCUCAGGGCCUGCAUGCGGUUAGUUUACAUCCCGGCACUAUUGCCACGGAUCUGUUGCGACAUGUCCCGGAUGAACAGAUGGCUGUUUGGACUGCGGAUAAGGAUUUGGAAAAGUAUUGGAAGACCCCGGAGCAGGGGGCUGCUACUAUCGUUUGGGCGGCUACGGCGAAGGAGUUGGAGGGGAGGGGAGGUGUGUAUUUGGAUAAUUGUUCUGUGGCGGAGGAGUGGGUGCCUACGGAGAGUGGUUGGGGGUCGGGGUAUGCUUCGUGGGCGUUUAGUCCGGAGAAAGAGGCGAGGUUGUGGGAUGUGUCAUUGGAGUUGGUGGGAUUGAAAGGGGAAUGAAAUAUGCUAGAUGAUACUCCUUUGAGUACAGCUGCUAUAAAGAAUA